AAUGGACCAUCCGUUCGUGUUUGCUAACUUGCUCUGGGCAAAAGAAAUGCAGGAAGCAGUGCAAGAUAUGGAGGAAGUCAGAGUAGAAGCACGAGAUGCAAAACCAUAAUCUUCGACACAAUGAUGCAAGGACUCCAUCAUCAUCAGCAACAACUUGCAGCGCUUCUCUCCGUUGCUCUUCCAAAGGACGAUUCAUCCUCGUCCACCGCCCCUUCCGACGACGAUGACUCUCCUCGACUCGCUGCCAUUAACUCACUUCACCGCGCAAUUGUAUAUCCGCACAAUUCGCUCCUUGUCACUCACUCCGCCGCUUUCCUCACCCAAGGUUUUUCUCAACUGCUGUCUGAUAAAUCUUAUGCUGUGCGUCAGGCAGCAGUUAUAGCCUAUGGUGCUCUCUGUGCUGUCAUUUGUUCAAUUCCUGUUGCAUCAAAUGGAAGACAGAACCAUGUCAUACUUGCAAGUUUAGUUGACAGGUUUAUUGGUUGGGCGUUGCCAUUAUUAAGUAAUGUUGGUGCAGUUGAUGGGACUAAGGAAUUGGCGUUGGAUGGUCUGCGAGAGUUUCUUAAUGUUGGAGAUGUUGUUGGAUCUGAGAGGUAUGUUUUGCCGAUUCUCAAAGCAUGCCAGCUACUCUUUGAGGAUGAGAGAACCUCCUUGAGUUUAUUGCAUCGACUUCUGGGAAUUAUAACAUUGAUCUCGGUGAAAUUCUCAAGAAGCUUUCAACCUCAUUUUCCAGACAUUGUUGACCUCCUUCUUGGAUGGGCAUUGGUACCAGACCUUGCUGAAUCAGAAAGGCGUGUUAUAAUGGAUAGCUUCUUGCAAUUUCAGAAACAUUGGGUUGGUAGCUUGGCUAUGUCUCUAAGGUUACUGACAAAGUUGGGUGACAUGGAGGUCUUGCUUCAAGAUGGAACACCUGGAACCCCACCUCAAUUUCGAAGGCUUCUGGCAUUACUUUCUUGCUUCUCAACAAUUCUGCAAUCUACUGCUUCUGGGUUGCUGGAAAUGAAUCUUCUUGAACAAAUAAGUGAACCCCUUAGCACAAUGCUACCUCACUUGUUGAGAUGCUUAUCAGUGGUUGGGCAAAAAUUUGGAUGGUCUGAAUGGAUUGAAGACUUUUGGAAGUGUUUGACCCUAUUAGCAGAAAUAUUGUGUGAACAAUUUUCAAAUUUUUAUCCUCUUGCUGUUGAUAUCUUAUUUCAAAGCUUGAACAUGGACGCUACAACUCACCAUGCUGGAUAUAGGAAAAUUACAUCCUUUCAAGUUCAUGGGGUUCUGAAAACUAAUCUUCAAUUAUUAUCAUUGCAAAAGCUUGGCCUCCUUGCAUCAUCUGUGCAGAAGUUAUUGCAGUUUGAUGCACCAAUUUCUCAGCUGCGGUUCCAUCCAAAUCAUUUAGUAACAGGAAGUUGUGCUGCCACUUAUAUUUUCCUGCUUCAACAUGGAAAUGAAGAAGUUGUCAAUGAAGCAGUUACCUCCAUGAUGAAAGAGCUGGAGGUGUUGAAGGCUAUGCUAGGAAAAAAAAUUCAUCAUACAAAUGAUUUCAAUAGUGUCACAACUUCAAGAACAUUUUCUAAGCUUGAAUUAUUUUCAUUAAUCAAGUUUGAUUUGAAAGUUCUAUUGGCAUGUGUUCCCUUGGCUGUGGAUAGCAAUUUGACUGCAACAGAAAUUGUUGCCAUGUAUGUUAGGAGGUCAGAAAAGUUGGUGUCUUUUAUUACGGAAAAGCUGAAUCCUUUUGAAAUCCCUAUUCAACCUUACUUGGAGUUGCAGGUUGCCAUUUUCAAGUCACUAGAGAGGCUGACUACAAUUGAGCUCAUGAUCAAGUGCUCUGUGAGAGACCGGAAUUAUGAUAAUGAUUUUAUAGAAUUUCCAACUAAAAAGGAGAGUAGCGCUGACCAUUUAAGUGAUGGCCAUUCAGCUUUGAUUACUGGCUAUCUAGCCAAGUAUAGCUUGCUCCUGAUUAAAGGCCUUCAGGUUUCGUCUCCUCUUGCAGUUAAACUGGCAGCCCUACAUUGGGGCCAAAAGUUCUGUGAGAUUGUUAUGGCUAUUAAUGAGAUCUCAAAUGCAAGUGCUUAUUCCUAUGAACCAUGUGGACAUGCUAAUAUUGUAGUGAAAUUAGUUUUCUCACUCUUAGCUGCUACAUUUGACAGAGAAAUUGAAGUGAGAUCACAUGUUGCAAUAACUUUAGAGGUGUUUCUGCGAGCAAAACUUUUACAUCCGGUUUGUUUUUAUCCUCUAGCUGAAGUGAUACUUGAGAAACUUGGUGAUCCAGUUGUUGAGAUACGGGAUGCAUAUGUGAGGUUACUUGCCCAUAUUUUGCCUACUACUGUAUAUGCUUGUGGCCUUUAUGAUUAUGGGAGAUUUAGGCAUGUUAACCUGAGCUUAGGCAAUGCUUCCAACUUGCACUGGAAGCAAGUAUUUUCCCUGAAGCAGCUGCCCCUGCAACUGCAUUCACAACAACUUGUGUCUAUCUUAAGUUUCAUUUCACAGAGAUGGAAGGUGCCUCUUUCUUCCUGGAUUCAGAGGCUCAUUCACAGCUGCAAGAGUUCAAGAGAUUCUAUUUUUAGUCAGCCUGAAGAUACUGGAACUUUUGGUGCUAAUGCUGUAUGGUUGGAUGUAAAAGUGGAUGAAGACAUUCUUGAAAGAAUAUGUUCUGUCAACUCAUUAGCUGGUGCCUGGUGGGCUGUACAAGAAGCUGCUAGGUAUUGUAUUGCUACGCGUCUUAGGACCAAUCUUGGUGGACCUGCUCAAACAUUCGCUGCCCUAGAGCGCAUGCUUUUGGAUGUUGCUCACCUUCUACAUCUUGAUAACGAGCAAAAUGAUGGAAAUUUAAGCAUGAUAGGAUCUUCUGGUGCUCAUCUAUUGCCAAUGAGAUUAUUGCUGGAUUUUGUUGAGGCUCUAAAGAAAAAUGUAUAUAAUGCAUAUGAGGGUUCUGUCAUUUUACCAUCUGCUACCCGCCAGAGUUCUUUGUUCUUUCGAGCUAACAAAAAAGUUUGUGAAGAGUGGUUUUCUCGUAUAUGUGAACCAAUGAUGCAUGCUGGAUUGGCUCUACAUUGCAAUGAUGCUAUUAUUCAAUACUGCACUCUACGUUUGCAGGAGCUGAAAAAUCUUUCCAUGUCAGCUUUGAAGGAAAAAUCAAGAGCUCAAGUAGCUGAGAACUUACAUAGUAUCAGAGGAAGGUAUAAAGCAGAUGUCUUAAAAGUUUUAAGGCACAUGUCACUAUCUCUUUGCAGGAGUUUUGAACCAGAGUCUUUGAUUGGCUUGCAAAAUUGGGUUUCAAUAACAUUCUCUUCCUUAUUUGGGGAUGAUAACCAAUCCUUCAAUGACUCUGGCACAGCCAGCCCUCUUUCAUGGAUAACAGGGCUUGUAUAUCAGGCAAGAGGUGAAUAUGAAAGUGCUGCUGCUCAUUUUACUCACUUGUUACAAACAGAGGAGUCACUUAGUUCUCUUGGUUCUGAUGGUGUGCAAUUUGUCAUUGCACGAGUAAUUGAGAGUUAUACUGCUGUAUCAGAUUGGAAAUCUCUUGAAAGUUGGCUAUUAGAGCUGCAACUACUUCGUUCUAAGCAUGCUGGAAAAAGCUAUUCUGGGGCUCUAACUAUGGCUGGAAAUGAAAUUAAUGCAAUCUAUGCGUUGGCACGCUUUGAUGAGGGUGAUUACCAGGCUGCUUGGUCUUGCCUAGAUUUGACACCUAAAAGUAGCAGUGAACUCACCCUUGAUCCAAAAAUAGCAUUGCAACGGAGUGAGCAGAUGCUUUUGCAAUCAUUGCUUUUCCAAAAGGGGGGAAAGAGUGAUAAAGUGAUUCUUGAUUUGCAGAAGGCUAGAUCAAUGUUGGAGGAGCCUCUAUCUAUUUUGCCACUUGAAGGGUUGGCUGAAGCAACACCUCUUGCUGUUCAGUUGCACUGCAUUUUCUUAUUAGAAGAGGAUUGCAAGCUUAAAUCAACACAUGACGAGGCCAAACAUGCUCAGUCAAUAUUAAAUUCCUAUAUUAAGUCGGUGCCAUCUUCUAUUAGCAAAAUCCGUCAAGAUUGUAGUCCAUGGUUGAAGGUUCUUCGAGUAUACCAAGCAAUGUUCUCAACUUCUUCAGUUUGUAUGGAGCUCUGCAUGAAUUUGCUGAAUUUAGCCCGAAGACAAAGAAACCUAUUGUUGGCAAAUCGUUUGAAAAACUGUCUCAAAGAUUGCAUAUCCAGUUGUCCUGAAGAGAGGCAUCGUGAUCUUCUCUCUUUAAAUUUACAGUAUGAGAGCAUUCUGCUACUGUAUGCAGAAAACAAGUUUGAAGAUGCUUUCACAAACCUCUGGUCAUUGUUGCGUCCUUGUAUGGUUUCUUUAGAUUAUAGAAUGUCUGACGUUGAUGAGAAGAUUCUGAGGGCCAGAGCAUGCUUGAAGCUUGCAAAGUGGCUGAGGCAAAAUUAUUCUGAUUGGACUCCCAAUAAUGUAGUUCUUAACAUACUUGCAGAUUUUGAAAGGGCUGAAAUCCCUUCAGUUGAUGAGGAUGGCAAUGAAGAGAAUAUGAGAUUUAAGCAUAGUGUGGGUCAGGUUACUGAGGAGAUUGUUGGCACAUCCACAAAGUUGUCUACUUGCAUUUGCCCCACCAUGGGCAAGUCAUGGAUUUCUUAUGCCUCUUGGUGUUUCAAGCAAGCCAAGGACUCACAACUUAAUAAUAAUGAAGCUGCCCUUCGUUCGUGCUUCUCUCCAAUACUUAUUUCUGAAGUUUCACCUGAGAGAUUUAAGUUGACUAAGGAUGAGGUACAACAGGUUAAAUCAUUGAUUUUGAACCUUUUACAGGACAAGGGUGAUAUGAAAUGUUUCAAAGAUGAACAAGAAGGUUGGAAAUUUUGGCUUGAUUCACAAGAGCAAUCAAAUAGCGACAACCCUCUAACAACAUUAGUGCUGCAGUUAGUGAAUAUUAUUGAAACAGUGGCUGCGGCACCAGGUGCAGAAAACUGUGGUGGGGAAAGUCUUUCAGUCAUGCUAUCUUCUCGGUUAAAAAUUUGUUUGUUAAAUGCAAAUCUUGGGCUCCGGGAAUCUGAUGUAAUAUCUACUUUGGAUGACUUAGUCAACAUUUGGUGGUCUUUGAGGAGGAGAAGAGUGUCCCUGUUUGGGCAUGCAGCUUAUGAUGCCUGUUUCAAUGAUGAGUCUUUGAAGCAAAAGACUGGAAGCUACACUCUGAGGGCUAUAUUGUACAUAUUGCAUAUACUUCUCAAUUAUGGUGUGGAGUUGAAAGAUACGCUUGAAUCUGCUCUUAUGGUUGUCCCUUUGUUGCCAUGGCAGGAAGUUACCCCUCAAUUAUUUGCUCGCAUAAGUUCUCACCAUGAACAAGUGAUCCGGAAGCAUCUGGAGGGCUUACUGAUUAUGCUGGCUAAGCAGUCUCCUUGUUCCAUAGUGUACCCAACACUAGUUGAUGUUAAUGCUUAUGAAGAGAGGCCUUCAGAAGAGCUACAUCAUGUGCUGAGUUGUCUGAGGGAACUUUACCCUAGGUUGGUUCAGGAUGUUCAGCUAAUGAUAAAUGAACUCAGCAAUGUUACUGUUCUCUGGGAGGAAUUGUGGCUCAGUACUCUUCAGGAUCUACACACAGAUGUGAUGAGGCGUGUAAAUGUGCUGAAAGAGGAAGCAGCAAGGAUUGCAGAAAACAUCAGUCUUAGUCAGAAUGAGAAGAACAAGAUAAAUUCUGCUCGAUAUUCUGCAAUGAUGGCACCAAUAGUUGUGGCCUUGGAACGUCGUUUAGCUUCAACUGCUCGAAAACCUGAGACCCCUCAUGAAGCUUGGUUCCAGAAAGAGUAUCAAGAACAAUUAAAAUCAGCAAUUUUAUCAUUUAAAACUCCCCCCACAUCUGCUGCAGGUCUAGGAGAUGUGUGGCGACCUUUUGAUGGUAUUGCUGCAUCCUUGGCUUCUUACCAGAGGAAGUCUACAAUUUCUUUACAAGAAGUUGCGCCGCAUCUGGCUCAGUUAUCAUCUUCAGAUGUUCCAAUGCCAGGUCUUGAGAAACAACUCAAAAUACCAGUAUCUGACAAAGCUACUGAUCUCCAAGGGGUUGUUAAAAUUGCUUCUUUCCAUGAACAAGUCACUAUCUUAUCAACAAAAACUAAGCCUAAAAAAGUUGUUAUAUUGGGCUCAGAUGGUCAGACAUACACAUAUCUCCUUAAAGGGCGAGAAGAUCUGCGCCUUGAUGCUAGAAUAAUGCAAUUGCUGCAGGCUAUAAAUGGUUUUCUGCAUUCUUCUUCUACCCAUGGUAACUCACUUGGCAUUCGCUAUUAUUCUGUCACUCCAAUAAGUGGCCGGGCAGGGCUUAUCCAAUGGGUGGAUAAUGUGAUAAGUAUAUACAGUGUAUUUAAAUCUUGGCAAAGCCGUGUCCAGCUAGCACAACUUGCAACAGUGGGCACUGUGAAUGCAAAACCCUCUGCUCCUCCACCUGUUCCUCGGCCCAGUGAUAUGUUUUAUGGGAAGAUCAUACCAGCACUUAAAGAGAAAGGCAUCAAAAGGGUAAUUUCUCGAAGAGAUUGGCCUCAUGAAGUCAAACGUAAAGUUCUACUUGAUCUCAUGAAGGAGGUGCCGCAGCAUCUUCUGCACCAAGAAUUAUGGUGCGCUAGUGAAGGAUAUAAAGCCUUCAGCUCAAAAAUGAAGAGGUAUUCUGGAAGUGUAGCUGCAAUGAGCAUGGUUGGACAUAUUCUGGGUCUGGGUGACAGGCAUUUGGAUAACAUCCUUAUUGAUUUUGGCAGUGGGAGUAUUGUACAUAUUGAUUAUAAUGUUUGUUUUGAUAAAGGACAAAGAUUAAAAGUUCCAGAGAUUGUUCCUUUCCGUCUUACACAGAUGAUUGAAACAGCUUUAGGGCUGACUGGAAUAGAAGGUAGUUUCAGAGCAAACUGUGAGACAGUUAUUGGCAUUUUAAGGAAGAACAAAGACAUACUUUUGAUGUUGCUGGAAGUGUUUGUUUGGGAUCCACUUGUAGAGUGGACACGGGGUGAUUUUCAUGAUGACGCUGCUAUUGGUGGUGAAGAAAGAAAAGGCAUGGAAUUAGCUGUUAGCUUGAGUCUAUUUGCAUCUCGAGUGCAGGAAAUUCGUGUUCCCUUACAGGAACACCAUGAUCAAUUAUUGACUAGCCUCCCAGCUGUUGAAUCUGCUCUUGAGAGGUUCACCAAUGUUCUAAAUCAAUAUGAGCUUGCCUCUACUCAAUUUCAUCGAGCUGACCAAGACAGAUCUAACCUUACUCUGCAUGAGACAUCUGCUAAGUCAAUUGUUGCCGAAGCAACCAGUAAAUCAGAGAAAAUCCGAGCUUCAUUUGAAAUACAGGCUCGGGAAUUUGCCCAAGCAAAGGCUAUGGUUACAGAGAAAGCUCAUGAGGCAACAACUUGGGUUGAGCAACAUGGAAGGAUUCUUGAUGCUUUGCAAUGCAAUAUAAUCCCAGAAGUAAAUGCUUCUUAUAAGCUGAAUAACAUGGAAGAAGCUUUGUCUCUUACAUCUGCAGUCAUUGUGGCUGGUGUCCCUCUAACUGUUGUUCCUGAGCCAACACAGACACAAUGCAAUGAUAUAGAUAGGGAAAUUUCUCAACUUGUGUCUGAGUUAGAUAAUGGACUUGCUUCUGCCAUCACUGCGCUGCAAGCAUAUUCCUUGGCUCUGCAAAGAAUCUUACCCUUAAAUUACCUUACAACCAGUGCAGUUCAUGGGUGGGCUCAAAUUCUGCAACUAUCAAUCAAUGCCCUGUCCUCUGAAAUUCUUUCUGUUGCCAGGAGGCAGGCAUCUGAUCUUGUAGCAAAAUUUCAUGGAGAUAGCAUCGGUUCUAUAAAAUUCAGACAUGAUGAUCUUUGUCUUAAAGUGGAUAAACAUGCUGUAGAAAUAGAGAAAUUAGAAGAAGAGCGUGCAGAACUAGAGAGUACCAUAGGCUUAGAUUCAGAAGUAAAGGCUAAAGAUCGAAUUUUGUCAGCUUUUAUGAAAUUUAUGCAGUCAAGUGGUUUCUUAAGAAAGGAAGAUGGUACAUCGCCAGUCCAAUCUAGACAAGAUGAAACAAACAAUACUAGACUGCCUGGUGACCUGGAAGAGAAGAAGGAAAAAGCAUUAUCAAUUCUUAACAUUGCUGUAAGCUUGCUUUAUAAUGAGGUCAAGAAUAGAGUACUUAACAUAAGUAACGAACAUAAUGUAUUGCUAAAUGAUUCUAGUGCUAUUUUCACAGAGUUCGAAGUGCAAGUAGAACAAUGUAAUCUUGUGACAGAGUUUGUGAGUGAUCUAUGGAAAAUGAUUGGGAAGGACAUUCAUACUGUUCAGUUCAAUAAAAGUAAAUCUAAAUUCCCUUCUGAAAGCAAUUGGGUUUCUAUUUUCAAAACCAUUUUGUCUUCCUGUAAUGGGUUGGUUAGUCAAAUGACUGAAAUUGUUCUACCUGAUGUAAUACGGUCUGCUGUUUCAUUACAUUCAGAAGUUAUGGAUGCAUUUGGGUUAAUCUCACAAGUUCGAGGGUCCAUAGAUACUGCACUGGAGCAGCUUGUGGAGGUUGAAAUGGAGAGAGUAUCACUGGUUGAACUUGAGCAGAACUAUUUUGUUAAGGUUGGUCUUAUUACUGAGCAGCAGCUUGCUCUUGAAGAAGCUGCAGUCAAGGGCAGAGAUCAUCUUUCUUGGGAAGAGGCAGAGGAACUUGCAUCCCAAGAGGAAGCUUGUAGAGCACAGCUUGAUCAACUCCAUCAAACAUGGAAUCAGAGGGAUCUGAGGAUUUCUUCGCUUAUAAAGAGAGAAGCUGAUAUUAAAAAUGCUCUUUUUUCUGUGGAGAGUCAUUUCCAAUCACUUGUCUUUCCUGAAGAACAAAGAGAGCCACAUAUUUUAAGAAGAAAAGCACUAUUGGCCACACUAGUGAAGCCGUUCUUGCAAUUGGAAUCCUGUGAUAGUAUGUUGUAUUCAGCUGAUGGUUCUGCAAUCAACUCAAGUGAAUUUCAGGCUCUAGCAGAUUUGAUAAAUUCUGGGAAUCCAAUAUGUGAAUGUGUCUGGAAAGUCAGUGGUUUGUUGGAUGGUCAUUCAUUCUUUAUUUGGAAAAUAGGUGUGAUAGAUUCCUUUCUUGAUGCAUGUAUACGUGAUGUUGCUUCAUCUGUUGAGCAAAACCUAGGCUUUGACCAGUCACUCAAUUUUGUUAAGAAAAAGCUUGAGAUCCAGCUACAGAAACAUGUCAAUAAGUACUUAAAAGAAAGAGUUGCUCCUAGCUUUUUGGCUUGUUUGGAUAAAGAAAUUGAGAGCUUGAAGCAAUUAACGGAGGCAACUAAGGAAAUUGUUUUAGAUGAGUUGAAAAGAGAUGGGGUUGUGAGAAAAGUUUUACUUAUGCUCGAAGAAUACUGUAAUGCUCAUGAAACUGCUAGAGCAGCAAAGUCAGCUGCUUCCCUCAUGAAUAGACAAGUAAAUGAGUUGAAAGAUGCUCUUAGGAAAACAACCCUUGAGAUUGUUCAGAUUGAAUGGAUGCAUGAUGUGAGCAUGAGCCAAUCAUAUAGCAGAAGAGUCAGGUUUGAGAAACACAUUGAUAGCAAUGACAGCUUAAAUAUGAUUAUUUUAAACCUCAGCAGAUCUAAAUUAUUGGAAAAUAUACAAUCUGCUGUGUCAAAAAUCACCAGGUCAAUGGAUGGCCUUCAAUCCUGUGAGCGAAAUUCUCUUGUGGCUGAAGGGCAGCUUGAGAGAGCUAUGAGUUGGGCUUGUGCAGGUCCGAGUUCUGGCACUUCUGGAACUGCUUCAAACAAAAGUUUAGGAAUUCCUCCUGAAUUCCAUGAGCAUAUUAAGAUGCGGAGGCAUAUAUUAUGGGAAUUUAGAGAAAAGGCAUCUGACAUUGUGAAGUUUUGCAUGUCAGUGCUAGAGUUUGAAGCAUCAAGAGAUGGAUAUUUGCUUAUCCCCAGCCAGCCUUAUCCUCUCAGGACUAGUGUUGAUGGCAAGACAUGGCAGCAAGCAUACUUGAAUGCACUAACAAGAUUGGAUGUAACUUAUCAUUCUUAUACACGUACCGAGCAAGAAUGGAAGCUUGCACAAAGCACUGUUGAAGCUGCUUCCAAUGGAUUAUAUGCAGCAACUAAUGAACUCUGUAUUGCUUCUCUGAAAGCGAAGUCAGCUUCUGGUGAUCUACAAAGCACUGUUCUUUUAAUGCGGGAUUGUGCUUAUGAGGCUAUUGGUGCACUGAGUGCUUUUGCUCGGAUUUCAAGGAUCCAUACAGCUUUGACCUCAGAGUGUGGUUCUAUGCUUGAAGAGGUUCUAGCAAUAACUGAAGACGUACAUGAUGUUUACAAUCUGGGAAAGGAGGCUGCGGCUAUUCACCUGUCUCUUAUGGAAGACCUAUCGAAGGCAAAUUCUAUCCUCCUUCCACUUGAUUCCGUGCUGUCUAAGGAUGUAGCUGCUAUGACUGAUGCUAUUGCCAGGGAAAGAGAGACCAAGAAGGAAAUAUCGCAUAUUCAUGGACAGGCUAUAUACCAGUCUUAUUGCUUAAGAAUCAGAGAGGCGUACCAGACCUUUAAGCCCUUAGUACCAUCUCUGACAUCAGCUGUGAAGGGACUCUGUUCCAUGUUGACUAGGCUAGCAAGAACAGCAAGUCUCCAUGCUGGAAAUCUUCAUAAAGCUCUUGAAGGAAUAGGAGAGAGCCAGGAAGCAAAAUCCCAGGAUGUUGCUCUCUCAAGAUCAGAUCCAGCUGGUGGUGAUGCUGCUGAGUUCGAUGGCAAGGAAGGGGAGAGUCUCUCCAAAUCUGAUGAUGGGGUUAAUGAAGAUGUUAUUGGAUUUUCUCAUCUUUCAUUGGAAGAUAAAGGAUGGAUAUCUCCGCCUGAUAGCAUCUACUGUAGCAGCUCUGGAUCUGGCGUUCCUUCAACUGAAGCUAGUUUCCCAGAUAGCUUAAAUGAUUCAACAGAAAAUGAAGAACUGCUUUCCCAAAGCUCUAAUAGUAGAAAUGACACUGAUCACAUACAUUCUGCUCCAAUUUCUCACACUGACAGUGAAGAAAUCUCAUCUUCUAAGCUUUCAGAAUUCAAAUCCAUGGAGCCUAAUGCCAAUGAAGAAAUCUCAAAUUCUGCUUCCAUUUUUCACGCUGAUGGUUCUGCUUUGCCAUUUGAUAAAUCUGUGUCCAUCCCUGCUAAUACCCAGAAUACUCUAUAUGAGAACGUAGAAAAGUCUGAGGGUGAAGCCGAACCAGUCUCCUCAAAGAAAGAUAAGAAUGAUACUGAACAUCAUGAAGCUUUGGAUCCUAACUCAAAUACCAGCACUCGAGUGGGAAGAGGUAAAAAUGCAUAUGCAUUGUCAGUGUUGAAGCGAGUUGAGAUGAAGAUAGAAGGUCGAGAUAUUUCUGAAAACAGAGAAAUUAGUAUUGCGGAGCAAGUGGAUUAUCUGCUGAAGCAAGCUACUAGUGUAGAUAAUCUUUGCAACAUGUACGAAGGCUGGACACCAUGGAUUUGAACGCUCUGUGACUUGAGCAUCUUGCUUAAGCACCGUCCCUAUAUCAUGCAAGGAGUGACCUCAGGCUUUGUUUGGUUUGUUUAUGGCGGGGAAUAGAUCCUUUGGUCUGGUCUCUUGCGUGUGGUAUUGAAGCCACGGCUUAUCAGGCCCCUCUGGCCUGGCCAUAUCCAGUAGUAGCCUGCCGCCAAUGAUCACAGUCACUGCUUUAUCCACAGCCUAACUGUAUGUCCAGCUUCUGCCAUCCAUUCAAUUUCAAUGUUACGUAGGCAGACUUGUAAGUACAGACAGUGCAUAUGAUUUGACGUGCAUUAUCUCAGGACAUGCUGCUGAAAAAUCCAAAGCUUGAAGCUGAAUUAGUGGAAGAUGAAAAAGGAUUGGCAUGCCCUCACCGUCACAGGUUCAAUCUAUAUGCUACUGAUUUGUCCCUCAUUCCUUGCAUCCAUGUCAAUUUGAAGGGGCAUGUUUUGAACAUUACGUUCCUGAUGAAAUGCUUAUGGUACGGGAAGGGUUGAGUUCUCAGAAGACCUGGGUGUGAUCCAGUGCGCCUUUUCUUGCCGGAUCAAUGUAUAUCUUGGAAAUCUACAGCUGAGCAUCAGAUGCAUAUUCACAUGACCUUCAUCGGGAGAGAGGUUAUAGAAAUCAGCUGUUCAUUGAUUUCUAUAAUCGGACGCCAAUCUUGGUCAAGACUGGAUUUGGCAGUUAAUCUCCCUUUGAGAAAUGUAAUCAUAUAUCUGAUUUUCUGCCUCUAUUUUCGUUUCAUUGCUGCUGGAAGUUAAUCUCACUCUGUUUUCUAUGUACACUAGAAAUUUCUCGUUGCACCCGUGCAUAUGAAAUUUGUCCUUUGGUUAAUGGUACCAGACUAUAUUAGUGUAUGUGCUAGUGACAAUCGUUGGGAUUUUUAUGAAUAAAAGGAACUAUUCUAUAUCA